AUCAAAGAGGGCAAAACUGACAGUUUGAGACAAAAGGUUUGUUUCUUUUGUGACGUCUGAUAUAGAGUUUGGAUCUUCUUGGUAUACAAAAGGCACUCGGCAACUGCUUUUGAAAUACUGCAUAUUGUGUGAGGGCGAACCGCAAACCCAGAAAAAAAUAGGCAAGAUCGAAAUAUUCAACUAGACGUUUGAUUUUCUCCAUGGAUAUUUUACGAAUUAAUUCAGUUCUGACAUAUUCAUAAGGAAUUACUUCAACAUAUAUGGAUUAAAAGUGUCGCUCAAACUUUAUGGUAGAUAAACUAUUUUGUAUAUAGAUAAAAAGAACUGGUGAUUAUAUUUUACUUAAAAAUUGUGAACUCUGCUAAAUAAAAGAGGCAGAUCUAAAUGACAGUGCACGGCGUGGACGUCGUUGUGAUGAACUACAGAGGAGCGGGGUCGAAUGGGGCAAGGGGUCGAGGUCAAUCAAUUAAUGACAACAGCGUCUGUAAGAUCGUUGUCCUGGGAUGCCCGGGGGUUGGGAAAACAGCCUUGACGGUGCGCUAUUUGACGAAACGUUUCAUUGGGGAAUAUAGUCCAACGUUAGAGAGUAUUUACAAGUUGCAGACGACAGUUGACGACGAUGACGUCAGACUGGAGAUCCUGGACACAGCAGGGCAGGAUCAGGAAUAUUGGAAAGAUGGCUACGCACUGUGGGCCGAUUGUUUUGUCUUUGUGUAUUCCAUUACGGACAGAAGCAGCUUCGAGGAAAUAAUCAAACUAAAGCGACAAGUGGAAACUAUCCGAAGAUCCACGAACAUUUCCGGAAUCCUUGUCGGAAACAAACUAGACCUACUUCACGAUCGACAGGUUCCCGCCUCGGACGGAACGGAACUUGCCGAUGAGAUCGGCUGUAAGUUUUACGAAGUUUCGGCCGCGGACUGGACACAAGUGUCUGAUAUAGACGUCAUGUUUCAGGACUUGUUUCGGGAAUACCGGCGAGCUAAAAUGGCCCGUGAGGGGCGGCAGAGAAAAACAAGUUCAUCUGUGAAGUUCAAGCAAGCCAUACAAAAGGUCAUAUCCGGAAAAGCGCCUGUAAAGAAAACGCUGAGUGCAUGAUUCAGUGGAGUGGAUCUAGGUUUUAAUCAAUAAUUCAUCAUUCUUGUAUAUAUAUUUUUUACGAUUGAAAAGCUUAAAUAUUAUUUUACUUCAAUUAAAGCCAUAUUAGUGACCUACCCUUUGAUGAAAGAAAAUCAACUUCAUCAAAAUCUGAAAAUGCAAUGACUUUCAAUUUCAUACUUAAUACUGUACAUGUAAUACUAGUAAACGAUAUUCUAAAGGGGUUUGAUCCGUCAUCAAUUUUUUCUUUCUAAUAUGUUUUUGAAAUUUUGAAUUCAAGAGAGUGUUGAAGCCAUUAAUUAAAACUUUUAGGUAUAUCAAUCAAUAUUCUUGUUAGUAAAGAAAGACCAAUAAUUGUACACUUUUUGAUCAACAACAUUAUGAUUAAGUGUGACGUUACGCUAGAAAAUAAUAUUUAUUGUAUGUAACGAUUGUUUGAAUGAAAAUGUAGUUUCUAAUGAUGGUCUGUGAUAUAUGAUUUAUGUAUGAGGAUAUAAAACAAUCAUUAUAUU